AUGGCAGACUUUUGGUCAAAUAUUUGGGAAAAAUCUCAUCCAUUAAAUAAGAAUUCUACAUGGAUGAAUAAAGAAAAAGAAGCACAUGCCUGGAUUGCUUCUUCAACAAUGUCGGAUGUAAGAAUGGCGGAUUUAGAAACAUGCCUAAAAAACACGGCCAAUUGGAAAAGUCCCGGAUUAGAUAGGGUACAAAACUUCUGGAUUAAGAAUUUUACAAGUACCCAUAAGUAUUUACUGGUAUCCAUAAAUAAAUUAAUAAUGGGACGGCAAGAAAUGCCAGAAUGGAUAACAACGGGAAAAACGUAUUUGCUGCCAAAAAAAUCAGGAGCUACGGAACCGAAAGAUUUUCGGCCGAUAACCUGUUUGCCCACAAUGUAUAAAAUAAUAACAGCUAUUAUUGCUGAAAAGAUUUAUGGGCAUUUAAGAAAAAAUAACAUUUUUCCUCCUGAACAAUAUGGAUGCAGAAAAGGGUCUUACGGCUGCAAGGAGGUUUUAUUAAUAAAUAAAUUGAUCAUGGCCAGUGCAAAACAAAAGAGGAAGAAUUUAAGCAUGGCAUGGAUUGAUUAUCAAAAGGCCUUUGAUAGUGUGCCUCACGAAUGGAUUAUUGAGGCAUUGAAAAUAUAUAAAGUAGACCCUAAUAUUACAGCGUUCUGCGAGAAGAGUAUGAAAAAUUGGUGCACCCAGCUGGAAGUGCAAAAAUACUCUUCUAGAAAAAUAUUUAUAAAAAGAGGAAUUUUUCAGGGAGAUUCAUUGUCGCCACUUUUAUUUUGCAUGGCUUUAAUUCCUCUAUCCAGACAGCUUAAUAUCAAGGAUCAAGGAUAUGAGUUGGUACCGGGAUGCAGGAAAAUUACCCAUAUGCUAUAUAUGGAUGACUUAAAAAUUUAUGCCAAAAAUGAAGAGGAGUUAAAUAAAAUGUUACGGACGGUUCAAACCUUUUCCUCUGACAUCAACAUGAAAUUUGGGUUAGAGAAAUGUGCCAGAAUAAAUAUUGUCAGAGGAAAGUUAAAACAAAAGCAAAAUAUAGAAGACUCCGAAGAAGAACUUAUUAAAGAAUUGGACCCUGGAUCAUCAUACAAAUAUCUGGGGAUUGAAGAAAAUUUUGGGAUAGCCAACAAGGAAUUAAACCUCGAUUGA